UGGGUGACUUCAUGAAUCAAUCAUAAAACAGACAAAAUACUUUCAUCACGCCCUCUAACAUGUUAAGAAGCCAGAAACCUAGAACGUGGAAAACAAAUUCUAGCCUUAUAGUUAAACAUGUCCAUAACUUUAAACAAUACUAAAACAUAAUAGCACUUUGAAUUAUGUUUCAGUGGGUCGUUCACGCGCGUGAUGCGAUUCAAAAUCAUACACAUGAACUACGGGGCCGCUCGUCCGCGAAGAAGCCCGCGUUGGAGACGGGAGGCCCUCGCCGCACCGCUGCUCGCGCGUCUGCCUCUCCGCCUAGGGGGACUCGCGCAUCUCCUCUCCCAGCCGCUCCUUUCGACCCGGAGGCGCCAACACCAGCCGCCGCGCCACUCCCCGCCUCCCUUCGGAGCCCCGGCUCGCGGGGAUCGGCUGCCCGGCGGCCCGCGCCCCGCCCACCGCCCGUUAGCACCUCCCCGGCGGCCCAGCCACUUCCCCGCCCCGACAGGCCCGUCCCCUCCGCCUUGUCCUCUCUGAGCCGCGACGCCAGCCCUUCCGCCCCGUGCCCCUCGGCCCGCCCAUCCGCUUCACGUAGCCCCUGUGAGGUUACGCGCUCCUGCCUCUACGUGAUUGGCCUUUGCGCACGUCGCUCAGAAGUCCCGAACCCACCAUUGGCGGUUUUCCCUGCUGAGUCACGCUACUCGAGCGGCUUAGGGCCGAAGAAGAGCGCACGGAGGAACCGCAUCGUGUGUUGCAACCGAUUUUCCUCGGCAGUGUGCCGAGCUGCUGCUAUGGCGGCGGCCGCUGCAGAGGCAGCGAGUGUGGCUGCAGUUCCUAUUUCGAGUACAGGUAGCUACGGCGAGUCGCCUGAAGUCAAAGGGGGAGCAGUUGGAGCCCUGUGCGUAGAGAAAGAUGCGGCCUCGAAAGGCACAGAGGGCGCCGCGGACAGCGAGGAGGACGGCGAGAACGUGUUCGAGGUGGAGAAGAUCUUGGACAUGAAGAGUGAGGGGGGUAAAGUCCUUUACAAAGUAAGAUGGAAAGGAUACACAUCAGAUGAUGAUACCUGGGAGCCUGAGGUUCAUCUUGAGGACUGUAAAGAAGUUCUUCUUGAUUUUAGGAAGAAAGUCGUGGAUAACAAAGCUAAACAAGUCAAGAAAGAUGUUCAGAGACUAUCCUUAAAUAAUGACAUAUUUGAGACAAACUCUGAUAGUGAUCAGCAAAGUGAGACAAAAGAAGAUGUGUCUCCAAAGAAGAAGAAGAAAAAAUUAAGGCAUAGGGACGGGAAAAGCCCAGGUGAUCUGAAAAAGAAAAGAACAAAGACUGGGAAAGUAAAAGAUAAAUCCAAACCAGACCUGGAGAUAUCCUCUGAAAGUUUAGUUUCUGAUUUAAGGACAAAGAAAAGGAUUUUGGAAACCAAAGAAGAAUUAAAGGAACCCAAAAAGCCCAAAAAAGGUGAUACAAAAGAAACAAAGCAAUUAAACAAAAUUAAAAAGGGUGGAAUAAGAGAUUUAAAGACUAAAAGAAGAGAAGAUUCCAAAGAAAACAGAAAAACAAAGAAGGAAAAAUGUGUUGAAUCUCAGUGGGAAUCUGAGUCAAGUGUACUUACUGAUUCUCCUUUCCAGGAAGAUGACAGUGAAGACUUACAGUCUGACAACAGAGAAGAGAAACAAAAGAUGAAAAGUGUCAAAGAUAAAGCCGGGCAAGAUGCAGGGCAGGAUAGUAUUUCUGACAAACUGCUAGAUGGUGCUGUCAGUGCUGAUGAGGACGCUGAUGUCAAAGCAAAGCGGAAUAAAAGACUACAGAAGACUGAGGAACUGAAGGGGAGCAAAAAGCUGGAAAACAAGCACCCUUUUCUAAAUAGGAAAAACAGACGUAAAAAGCGAAGACGUCAAGACAGAGGCAAAGACACUGUAGAGUCAGACAGGCCUACACCCGCUCCUGCCCCGACACUGAGGAGCACCAGGCCCCCUGAGGUGGCCGGGGAGGAGAAGGAGACUAAGAAAAAUGAACCCAAAGAAAAAUACCAGAAAAGGUAUGAUUUGGAUAAGGAAGAGAGAGGCCGAAAAGAGCCAAAGGGAUUAAAGACAUUUAAGGAAAUCAGAAAUGCAUUUGAUUUAUUUAAGUUAACUCCAGAAGAAAAAAAUGAUUUUCCUGAGAAUAAUCGGAAAAGAGAAGAAAUACCACUCGAUGGUAAAAUCACAGAAGAUCACAAAACCAAGGAAAACAAGCUAUUGCUUAAAGAAAGGAGAAAUACUAGAGAUGAAACUGACACCUGGGUGUACAUAGCUGCAGAAGGUGAUGAAGAGGGUCCGGAUGGUGUGCGCCAUGCGGAUGAGAAUUCCGAUGGCAAACAACAGAUUUUGAGCUUGGGCAUGGACUUGCAGUUGGAAUGGAUGAAAUUAGAAGAUUUUCAAAAGCAUCUUGAUGGGGAAGAUGAGACUUUUACUACAACAGAAGCAGUUCCAAGUAAUUUAUUGAGGGAUGCUGUGAAAAAUGGGGAUUAUAUUGCUGUGAAGGUUGCACUUAAUUCAAAUGAAGACUAUAACCUGGACCAAGAGGAUUCAAGCGGGAUGACACUGGUGAUGCUCGCCGCCGCGGGGGGGCAGGACGACCUGCUGCGGCUCCUCAUCCGGAAAGGGGCCAAAGUGAACGGCCGGCAGAGGAACGGGACCACAGCUCUCAUCCACGCGGCGGAGAAGAACUUUUUAACUACAGUGGCUAUUCUUUUGGAAGCAGGAGCUUUUGUGAAUGUCCAGCAGAGCAAUGGCGAGACAGCACUGAUGAAGGCCUGCAAAAGAGGAAACUCGGACAUCGUACGACUUGUGAUUGAAUGUGGAGCUGACUGCAAUAUUUUGUCAAAGCACCAAAACAGUGCGUUGCAUUUUGCAAAGCAGUGUAACAACGUGUUGGUGUAUGACUUGCUCAAGAGUCAUUUAGAGACACUUUCAAGAGUAGCAGAAGAAACAAUAAGGGAUUACUUUGAAGCACGUCUUGCUCUACUAGAACCGGUUUUUCCAAUAGCAUGUCAUCGUCUCUGUGAGGGGCCAGAUUUUUCGACAGAUUUCAAUUACAAACUCCCACAGAAUAUACCAGAAGGAUUUCACUGCAGACCUCCCUAUUCAAGUGUGUUCUGAAGAGUGACCAACCAGCCGUCCUUACCAGACAGUGACAGAGCACUUGACCUGUGUGCCGGUGGAGUUCAUGGUGGAGCUGAGGGGAGGGUCAAGGAGAAACUCCUUCCCUGUCUGCAGACAGCCUUUCCUUCUCUGGAUCCGCAGUGCUUUAGGCCAGAAAGGUGCUUUCUAAAGCUAGAGAGCACAUCAGUAUGUCACCUUAAAAAUAGUUUGAAAGGGGAGGUAAAGUAGUCCAAACAAAAAAGUGUGCCCUUUUUUCCUGAGACCAGAGCAUUAAGCAAAUGGCUCUGGGGAUCACCCUUACGGAGUCUCCUCGUUUGUAACUGGCUUGGAUCGGUAUUGUACCAUGUUAAAAGUGCUUAGCUUACGAGAAAGGUCAUAGAACUCAUAUACUUAGUUUUUGUUUAAAAGUACUGCUUUUGUUCAAAAAAACGAUCUUGCAGAAUAUUUUGGCAUUCAGUAAAAAUUUCAAAUCUCUUUUUUCUUUCAAAGUAAGAUUUUUUAGUAUUAAUCACAAAAAUUGGAAAAGGCAAAAAUAGCAUGUGGAAGAAAAUGGAAAAUCACUCUGACCCAUAAACAAUGUGGGUUUGUUUCUGUGACAUUUAUUCAUUCAGUGGUAACUUUCCAAUAACGCUUUUUUUAAAAAUACAGCUUAUUUUUAAAAGUCUGUUCUAUCAGUAGGAAUUCACUUGGACAGAAAAUAGAAAGGGUUCUAUGGUUUGAAAAAAUUGGAGUGCUCAGAUUGUUCAGUGGGUGGUGGGUGGGGCUGGCUCAGGGUCCCCCACCACAUGGGUGUCCUACCUCCCUGGCUCAUGUUCAGAUUCAAUUAAAAUGUACAU